AUGGCUGGUAAACUACCACUGCCAAGUACCCAAGAAACAAGCUCUCGUAUGUCGCCUGCGCUGGACUUCGCGACACUGGCAAGUGCCAUAGGAGUUAUUACACAGGUUCUACAACGCGUAUGGAACGCGAUAGAAACCCUCAUAAUCCGCUUAGCAACACUGCCAUACUACCGUCUCUACCACUUCAACACCACCAAUCCCCUCCGCAACCUCGCCUCCCUCGCUUCAUCCCCCAAUCCCGACACGAAAAAACUUCUCUCCACGUUAUCGAGUUGGCGCAGUAGAAAACUGAGUGAACUUCAAUUCACUACUAUCUCUUGCACCGUCCUCGCCGCGGCAGUAAUCGGCGCCUUCUCCUGGCCCACACUCUCAACCGCACACUGGCUCACCCCAGGCUUCUGGCACACAAGCUUGAUCCUGUCGAUUUUGGGCAUUUUGCUGUCCGCGUCCGAGAUUACCGUGUUGAAUUUGUUGGGGCCGGUGAGGCAUACACCCGCUUCCGCUCAUUUUCAACACUCGUCGCAGUUCCCAGCUGUCUCCGCUGCUGCUGCCGCCUCCACACCUAGUAACGGUGGUGGUGGUAAUGCGGGUAGAGUGCAUGAUGAAGCAAUGCAGAGGUAUAUGCCUUUGCUUCUCUCACCCGUGAUGAGGAAAGAAGAUGCAGGUGCAAAGGUUUAUGUGCCUCGGCGUAAGAUGGUGUUUACAUGGCAAGCCCCGCUGAUGUUCAUGUCGUAUUCUGUCUGCGCUUUUCUAGCUGGCUUGACGGUUUUGGUUGGUUUACCUAUUCUCAGGGGGGACAAGAAGGGAGCGUGGGGGGAUGAAGGGUGGAAUAUCGCGGUCAUGUACCUUACGGCGUUUGGGGCUGGGCUUGCAGCGUUUGUAUACUGCUCGUUUUGGGUCUAUCACUAUGUGCAUGUUGAGCAUGAUGGGGUUGAGCGCGAGGAGCAUCGCGAAGCGGGGCCUUGGGGUUUGUUUCCUGCUGGGUAUGAUUGA